CUUGGACAUACAUGUAUAUUAUUGUCCUUAGUGUGAAAAGGAGAAAUGGUUUGGUCAACAAAGAAGCGUAUAGUGGUAGGCAAUGUUAUUGGAUGGGGUCUGGCCUUAAUUGGCAUAGUAAUGAUACCUUUGAUGGAAUUUAUCAUCAAGAAAAAAGUACAAGAUACUGUAGUGAUCCGGAAGGGAGGGCCAGUGUAUGAGUACUGGGAAGACCCACCAGUACCCGUGUAUUUACAGAUAUACAUGUUUAAUCUGACAAAUAAAGAGGAAUUUCUUAAUGGCCAGAAACCUAGUCUUAAUCAAGUAGGCCCAUACACAUACAGUGAAAAGCGGGAAAAAUUUGAUAUAGUUUUCAAUGAAAAUGGAACAGUUUCAUAUAGACAGAAGAGAGUUUUUACAUUUGAACCAGAGAUGUCACAAGGGAAUAAGGAGACAGACAUGUACCUGUCACCUAAUCCAGUUUACUGGGCAUUAUAUAAUGCAUUAAAGUAUGAGGAUGAUAAAGUGCGGGAGGCUAUUUAUGCUGCGACUCAGUUAUUUGAUGAGCAUCCAUUAAUGUUUAGAUCAUUUGAAGAAGUUAUUUGGGGCUAUCAUGAUCCAUUACUGAAUGUCACUAAAGUUAUAGAUCCUGACUGGUUCUAUACUGAUUACAUUGGCUUCUUUAUGAAUAAAAACAACACAGAUGAUGGUGUUUAUACAGUAUAUACUGGUGCUGAUGAUAUUAAUCAACUUGGGGUAAUAGAUAGAUAUAAUGGAACAAACCAUUUAGAUUUUUGGUCGACAGAAUGGGCAAAUAUGAUAAAUGGUUCAGAUGGCACAAUCGGUCCACCAUAUUUACCAAAAGAUAUUACAUUGUAUACCUUCUCCUCUGACAUAUGCAGGAGUGUACCUGGAAUAUUUCACAAAACUGUAGAAACUUCACAAGGAAUUGCUCUUUGGAGGUUUAGUGGAGAGCCAAAAGGGCUUGCCAAUGCUACUGUCAAUCCAGACAAUAUAGGUUUCUGUACACCCACUAGAGAAAACUGUUUAGGAGCUGGUUUAGUCAACAUUUCCAACUGCCAGUCAGUUGAUUUCUUCCAUUUACCUGUUGCCAUAUCACUACCUCAUUUUUUGUUUGGAGAUCCACGGUAUAUUAAUGCUGUAUAUGGUGUCAGUCCUAAUGAAGAAGAACAUAAUACUGUCAUAGACCUAGAACCUUAUACUGGUUUAGUUCUAAAUGCAGCCAAAAGACUUCAAAUAAAUGUUUAUCUCGAACCUUUAGCUAAUAUCUCAGAGACAUUAAAUAUUAAGCCAGUAUUUUUACCAGUUUUCUGGUUAAAUGAGAGUGCCACUAUAGAUGAUAAAAGCUCGAAGAAGUUUUACCGGUUGUUGUUCACCCCACUACUGAUUAUACAUGUAACAGAAAUAGUCCUCAUUUCACUGGGAGGUUUUGUUUUUCUCUGUACUAUUAUAUAG